AGACGCUGAUGAUAAAAUGACGCUUGAGCAUUUUGUUUGAGGAAUUUGUCACUUCUAUCAUUGGUGGAUUUACAUGUCUGAGGACGCUGAUGUCUGAGGAUCAUCCAAUUUCAAGAACUUCAAAGUAUUUAUAUUAAUAUGGCAUCUCGUUAUGGAAAUAUUAUGAAGGUUGCAACAUGUGGUGCCUCCUGGGGGACAGCAAAGGCAGAUGGGAAACAAUUCAGUGGGGUGCUUGCCUCUCACAAAAUGGCAGAGAAUGACCUGCCUGCCAUGAAGAAAUACAAAGAAAUCAUCAUGAAGGUUGCGAAGACGAAUAAAGUGGAGGCAGCUGUCAUCUGUGGAAUCAUAUCAAGAGUGUCCCGGGCUGGGACAGCACUGGACCAGCAUGGCAGGGCAGACAAUGGCAAAGCCUUUGGACUCAUGCAGAUUGAUACCACCCCAGCUCCAAAGGGGGCUGGCCAUAUCCCAAAGGGAGAAUGGAAUAGUAAGGAACAUCUCCAACAAGCCACUGAGAUUCUUAUCGAAUCCAUCAAAAGGUUCCAAGAGAGAUUCCCUUCAUGGACCAAGGAGCAGCAGCUAAAAGGGGGAUUAGCGGCCUACAAUACGGGAGAGGACCAUGUAGAGUCAUAUGAUGACGUGGAUGCUAACACCACUGGGAUUGACUUCUCCAACGAUGUUGUGGCCAGAUCUCAAUGGUUCUACAAAAGUGGUUUCUGUAAAGAAAGUAACGUUGGCCUUAUUGUGGCGACAACUGCAGUGGCAGCAGUCGGUGCGGUGGCCCUAGCUCCAGUUGCCCUGACAGCGAUGGGAUUUGCUGCAGGUGGUAUUGUAACUGGGUCAAUAGCAGCAAGCAUGAUGUCUACCGCAGCUGUGGCCAAUGGAGGCGCCAUAGCAGCAGGUAGCAUUGUUGCUAUUCUACAGUCAGCAGGUGCCGUAGGGCUGUCAGCAACGGCCACAGCGAUUGUGGGGAGUGUGGGAGCGACCGUUGGAGGAGCUCUGGGAGGAGCUGUGAGUUGGCUGAAAAAUAAGAGGUCUUGAAUGUUCCAUAGGCUUUGAAGGCCUCAUAGCAAUACACUUUUGAUCCUGUAUACUACUUAGUCCUCUGUACUAUAAAGCUGUUUGAGUCUGAUGAAAAGUAUUAAUAUCUCAAAAUUAAACCAAGAUAUUGACCAGAUAGAAAAUGUUUACUAUAUUACGUUGAAAGCUAAAAGACACAGAUACAUUCAAAUUAGAGAUGUCCCCUUUCUCCUCCUUUUCCCAAUGACACUCCCAGUGAUUUUACAAUCUCCAUGUCUCUACUUGAAAACUUUAGAUUAUUCAUUUCCAUUCGUUAGACAGGGAAGUGGUGAGAGAUUUUGCGGAAAGGGCAGUAAGUUUAGCUCAAACCCAGACUGCAGCAGUAUCUGUGCAUGAAAUAUAUUUAUAUAUUAAUUUAAGGAUUGACAGCAAAGCAGCUGUUUAAAACAAUCUGUAUACUAAUUGAAAUGUAAUUUAACAGAACUUGGCACUUAAUCAAAUCUCAUUGCAAGUGUGUAAGAAUUGUUCUGUAUAUUUUUCAUUAAACAGUUCAAUUCAAAAUGUGUUAUUUUCUGACCAGUUGUGGUUGGGAGUGUUAUUUUAUUACUCAAUGAUCAUGGGAUAAUAUCUUUUUGGGUUUGUCACCAGGAACUGAUAUAAAUUCUGGGACAAAUUCAGCCCUGGCAUCAAACGCAACCUCUAUUCUCAGUUCUCCUUCUCCACUAUAGAUCCUUGUAGAUAUAAGGAAUGCAUUUUCA